AUGACCGUGAAAGCAGCCGAGGCGUCGGGUCCCACCUUGCUUACCUAUUUAUUUCUCCUUUCCCUGUCCUUUAUAGCUUUCAUGAAGCAGAGAAGAAUGGGGCUAAACGACUUCAUUCAGAAGAUAGCCACCAACUCCUAUGCAUGCAAACACCCUGAAGUUCAGUCUAUUUUGAAAAUCUCCCAGCCUCAAGAGCCUGAACUUAUGAAUGCUAAUCCUUCUCCUCCGCCCAGUCCUUCACAGCAGAUCAAUCUUGGUCCAUCAUCCAAUCCACAUGCCAAACCAUCAGACUUUCAUUUCUUAAAAGUGAUUGGAAAAGGCAGUUUUGGGAAGGUUCUCCUUGCACGGCAUAAGGCAGAAGAGCAGUUUUAUGCUGUUAAAGUCCUGCAGAAAAAAGCAAUCCUGAAGAAGAAGGAGUUGUUUUACCAUCUCCAGAGGGAGCGUUGCUUCCUGGAGCCAAGAGCCCGAUUUUAUGCUGCUGAAAUUGCCAGUGCGCUGGGCUACCUGCACUCCCUGAACAUCGUUUAUCGCGACUUGAAGCCAGAGAAUAUCCUGCUUGAUUCGCAGGGGCACAUUGUCUUGACUGACUUUGGACUCUGCAAAGAAAACAUAGAGCACAACGGGACAACCUCCACCUUCUGCGGCACGCCAGAGUAUCUUGCUCCUGAAGUUCUUCAUAAGCAGCCCUAUGACCGGACUGUGGACUGGUGGUGCCUUGGAGCAGUCCUGUAUGAGAUGCUUUAUGGCUUGCCGCCCUUCUACAGCAGGAACACGGCAGAAAUGUACGACAACAUCUUGAACAAACCCCUGCAGCUGAAGCCAAAUAUCACCAACUCGGCUAGACAUCUCCUGGAAGGGCUCUUGCAGAAGGAUAGGACAAAGAGGCUUGGUGCCAAGGAGGACUUUAUGGAGAUUAAGAAUCACAUCUUCUUCUCCCCAAUUAACUGGGAUGAUCUCAUUAAUAAGAAGAUUACACCCCCUUUUAACCCAAAUGUGAGUGGCCCCAGUGACCUGCGACACUUUGAUCCGGAGUUUACAGAUGAGCCAGUCCCCAACUCCAUCGGCCAGUCCCCGGACAGCAUCCUCAUCACCGCCAGCGUCAAAGAAGCUGCUGAGGCUUUUUUGGGCUUCUCGUAUGCCCCACCCAUGGACUCUUUCUUGUGAACAUUUUUCUUUCUUUUUUUUUAUAAUAAUAACUGUUGUUUUUAUUUUUGUUUGGCCUUCUGGUGGAACUGCCAGUUGACCAGUCAUCUUGAAAGAAAAUUUGCACAUUUCCACCAUGGCAGCUUUGCAGCCUUAAUUUCAACUACACUGUUCGCUGGAAGCUUUUCUGAAGAGCACAUCACUCUCUAAAUGAUCUCUACAGGCUUUUCAUUUGCAUUCGUUCUUCCCCCAAAGUGGUGCUGUCUCCUUGGGAAAGAAAAACAAGAGUGACUGCUGCCAUAGACCGCUACGGCAGGUCGUAGGAGUAAGAACGAGCUGUUUUGAAACCGUGCUCCGAAAAGCCUUGCCUGAAGAUCUGUCUGAAUGUGAUAAGGAUUUUAUGAAAUGUGCCUUUUUCUGAUGAGAUCUUGUGAGCUCCAAAGCUUUCCCCGUUGCAGAGUGUGUUUCUCAGUUCAUUUAUGUGGGUUUACUAUGUGAACAAAUGGUAUGCGUGUGGUCUGCGUGCUACAGAUGGACUUAGUUUAAAGCAUCAGUGUGACACUUGCAGGAUACCACAAUGUGGGGCAUUGUUUCUUUCUUCCAUAUUUGGAAGAUAAAUUAAGUGUAAUUUUGAAAUUUCUUUUGUAAAUCUAUACAGUCAACUCAAAUUAUUGAAAUGGGCUCACAAUUACUUGUAUCCAAAUGCUUGAAGAAAGCAUUGCUGCUAUGAAAAAAGAUUUCUAUUUUUAGAAAGGGUUUUUAUGGACCAAAAUGCCCCAGCUGCAGUCGGUCAAAGCUGUUGGUUUCUUCAUUUUCUUUUUUCUUUUUUUCUUUUUUUCUUUUUUAGUUUAAAAGAUGUCAUCUGUAAAAUGGGCAUUAUUUAUGGUUUUGGGGUUUGGGAGUUUUUCAUUCCUGAUUGUAUGUAUUGUAAAAAAGAUCUGUAUAUUCAGUUGUAACUCUAUAUGUAUAUUUAAACUUACAGACUUACUUGUAAUGUAUACCAUCAUUGUAAUGUAAUGUAAUUAACAUGGUUAUAUGUAUCAUAUUUUUUUGUGACCAAACCCAUUGGUUUGCAGUAAAAUCCUGAAA